CCAUUGUAUGGCAUGCUGAAUAAAGAAGGAAAAAUGGUGGAAGAGAAGAAAAGAAAGGAAACGUAGACUUUGUUACUGCCACUGUACCAAUUGAUUUGUUUCAGUGAGCUUAUAAGAAUACUCUACCCACUGAGGUAUGGCUUCUAUCUAUUCUACACUCUCAUCAAACACUCUGCGAUUCGCACUCUCUUCCUUCCCCAACACCAGUCUCCAACCACCCUCAAGCCACAUCUUCUUUUCUCGCCCCCUCUCAUUCAAAGGGCUUAGCUUCAAUCCCAAGAGCUUUCCAGCCCCGCUUAAAGCGUCGAUGGCGGGGACCAACAACGUUGUCAUCGAGGUCUUCGAACAGGAGGAUCUUGCUGUCUCUCUGGCCAAAUACGUCGCCGAUCUCUCCAAUAAGUUCACUUCGGAAAGGGGGGCUUUCACCGUUUGCUUGUCUGGUGGCUCUUUGAUCAAGUUUCUCGGAAAACUACUGGAGCCGCCCUACUAUGAUUCUCUUGAAUGGUCCAAAUGGCAUGUGUUUUGGCUGGAUGAGAGGGUCGUGCCGAAGACGCAUGAAGAUAGUAACUACAAGCUUGCUUUAGAUGGGCUUCUCUGCAAGGUACCAAUUCCUCCGGGCAAUGUGCAUGCAAUCAAUGAUACCCUUUCAGCUGAGGGAGCAGCCGAUGAUUAUGAGACAUGUCUCAGAGAAUUGGUCAAUAGCAGUGUGAUUACUUUAUCACCGAGCAGUGGAUUUCCAAAAUUUGAUCUGGUGCUGCUGGGCAUGGGCCCUGAUGGCCACGUAGCUUCUUUGUUCCCAGGGCAUCCUCUUGUGCAGGAGAAUGAAAGAUGGGUUACCUUCAUCAAGGACUCCCCUAAACCACCCCCGGAGAGAAUAACUUUCACCUUUCCAGUGAUUAAUGCCUCUGCUUACGCAGCGCUUGUGGUGACUGGCAAGGGUAAAGCAGAUGCAGUUCACUCUGUGUUAGGAAAAUCUCAAAAUUCUGUUAAGCUUCCUGCUGGAUUGGUUUCCCCUGAAGGGGAGUUGAAAUGGUUCUUAGACAAAGAUGCAGCCUCAAAGCUGUAGAUGCAGCAGCUAAGCCAGUUGAUCUAUAUGUUGUGCUAGUUAUUCACCUUUGCAAUUUUGAGUUUGCGUAUGAUAAGUGCUUAAUUUCCUAUUGUCAGUGAUAGUUUUUGCAUUGGACAGGGUUCAUUCGAUUUAAAGGCCACUUUUCUAUCCUUAUAGUUGAAAUGAAUCAAAUAAUCACUUGAACUUAA